AUGAUCUUCUUUGCUUUCACCUCCCUAUCAUUGAAUUUAAUCUCAUCCUCUGUUUCACACGAUGAACUCGCUUAUGCGGAUCACUGUGCUUCAGUUGUUCCUGAAGCAAACUCAAAAAUAUAUCGAGGACUUCAUCCCUUUGCCUUCAGCCAUACAGGUUACUACUACACUGCUGGUGACACUGCCAAUAGUCCUAAUGGCAACUCAUCGUUUUACCAUCAACAAGUUCGUAAUUCAAUUGAAUUCAGCAAAUGGAAUUUUGAAGCAACUGAUGUGGAAGGCUUGUUCAAGUUAGGAGCAACUCUUCAUGUGGAAAAGGCGAGUAUGUUAUACUAUGUAGGAAACUCCAGCAGCAGCCAGCCUUAUCCAGGCUACAGGACUCGAUCAAAUCCAGCAUAUCAAAGGUCAGUUAGCUUUAGACUCAACGGGUUCUGGUCAGAAUCUUCUGGGAAGCUUUGUAUGGUUGGUUAUGGUCACACUUACUGGAAAACUAUGCUUCAUUAUCCUGCUGUUCUUAAGCUCUAUAAUGUCAUGAAUUCCACUAAUAUUACAAGUUUGAUUACUGGAACAUUAGAGAGUUUGAUCAGCGGUUCUGAUAUGAUCAAGGAUGCAAAAUAUUUUGAUCCAAUUUCUAUUUUGUUGCUUCCUCAGAUGAACUACCAGUAUACUUGGGUUUCAAAUAACUCUAAUGAUAACAGCUCUUCUGUUGGAAUUGAUGAUCAUGAUCCCCCUAGUUCUUUGCACUUGGAGAGAUUUUGUUCACAACUCUCAACAGUAGUACUAAAGUAUGAAUUUGAUCUCAAAUAUUCAAGCCAGUGCGUUUCUGCAAAGAACUGCACUCCACUUGGCGUAUCUGAUCAUUUGCCCCGUCUGCUGUCGUUCAAGGAUAUCGAGUGUACAGAGUAUACUAGAAGGUUGAGAGUACUGGUGGAAUUUUCAGACAGUAGCAACAACUGGUAUCAGAGGCCUUUCAACCCCAAUACAAGUUUCAUCGCGGAAGGCUCAUGGGAUGCACAAAAAAGUCGAAUACAAUUUGCUGCUUGUAAAUUCUUCCAGGCUGUAACAGAUUCUUUCAACAAUUCUCAUGUGGAUGACUGUUCAACUAGAUUGAGCAUGAGAUUUCCUGCAAUAUGGACAAUCGGAGACACUAGUAGUGUCGUGGGGCAUAUUUGGAGCAGCAAAUCCAAGACUGAGUCAGGUUACUUUGACAAGAUCACAUUUCAAACUCGUCAGAGUGAGGCGGGAAGGGUUCUAGUUCCAGGGCCAAAAUAUGUGUAUACUAAAAUAGACCAGGUAACUAAGUUGUGCCCAAAAAAGAAGUCUGCUGCUAAUGAUCAGAAGAGAAACAUGUACCCAAGUCCGUUUUCUUACGACAUGAAAUUCGAUAUGUCAGCAAAAAGUUCUAAAGGACAAGGUGCAUGGGGAAAUUCUGAUCCUCUUUCUGUUGGCAAUCAGUUCUAUGAGCAGUAUUUAUCUUCAACACAAUAUUCAAAUGCAAUUGGAGAUGUAAGGUACUCUCUAGCUCCUUUGAGCUCCUUUCCUGUGAUGAGAUACAGCUACAACUGUAGCAACCCCACCAAUAUUAGCUACAGAAUAAACAUCGAACUGCUGGAGAAAUCUGCUGGAAAGUCAGGCCAUACAAUACAAACAAAGGAAAUGCAGAUUUCAGCAGAAGGGCUCUAUGAUGCUGUAGAAGGAAGCCUGUGCAUGACAGGCUGUCGAGAUGUUGGCUUCAACAGUAAUCAACAGACCACUAAAGAUUCUGUAGAUUGUGAGAUUCUUGUCAAUUUUCAGUUCCCUCCAACAAAUCAACACAGUAACAAUACAGGUUAUAUUGAGGUAAGCAUUGAAAGCACACGAAAAAAGUCUGAUCCUCUUCAUUUCGAGCGAUUGGCUUUAAAUUCAGCUGCUGAUUACCUGAUUGAAGCAGAACGAUCCAUUUGGAGGAUGGAUAUGGAGAUCACAUUGGUUCUUAUAUCAACAACACUCGCAUGUGUUUUUGUCGCAGUACAACUCUUCCAUGUGAAAAAACAUCCUGAUGUGCUUCCCUCUAUUUCCAUCUUAAUGCUAUUAAUUCUGACCCUUGGCUACAUGAUACCUCUUAUGCUAAAUUUUGAUGCCAUGUUCACUCACAACACCAACCGCCAAGAUGUGUUACUGGGAAGUGGUGGAUGGCUUGAAGUUAAUGAGAUAAUUGUAAGGUUAGUAACGAUGGUAGCUUUCUUGCUGCAAUUCCGUCUUCUGCAGCAGAGUUGGUCAGCAAGAUCAGCAAAUGGGAAGCAAAAUGAACUUUGGGAUGCGGAAAAGAAGGCUUUACCAGUGUAUGCCAUUGGGGUUUUAGUUACUUUGGGUCUUCUAAUGAAAUCUAGCAAUCAUGUACAUACCAUUUUGGGUACCUUGAAAUCCUAUGCUGGUUUGGUCUUGGAUGGUUUUCUGUUUGCUCAAAUUCUUCUCAACAUGGUCUGCAAAUCAAAGGAAAGAGCUCUAUCUGUUUGGUUCUACAUUGGGACAACCUCGGUUCGAGUUCUGCCACAUGCUUAUGACCUUUACAGGACUGACAACUCUGUUCAUCACGAACAUGGUAUCCCAUACAUUUAUGCAAGUCCUGUCGCAGACUUCUACUCUACUUCUUGGGAUGUCACCAUUCCUAUUGGAUGCCUACUGUUUGCUGUGAUAAUCUUCUUGCAACAGAAGUUCGGGGGUCGUUGCUUUCUUCCUAAGAAGUUGAGAGAGCUGGGUUCAUAUGAGAAGGUCCCUACAACUAGUGAAGCCGAAUUGCCAAAAUGA